AAUAAACUGGAAAGAUGCCUGGUCUGGCUUCAGUUACAGGGAGCACCACCAGGGAACAUCUCGGGGAGCCUGGUUGGAAGCUGCUGGCUUAGUCUGUCGGCUGCAGGUCUGACUGCCUUGUGGGGAGGGCCUUGCCUUAGCAUCCCUUGCAUUUCACUGAAAAGAAAUCUGCUUGGAAGAAGGGGUUAUACUGUUCGGCCAGGCAGCAACUCCGCUGAGCAGAACUCGCCGCCAGAAUGCUCCUCCUGUUGCUGGGUAUCAUCGUCCUCCACGUCGCGGUGCUGGUGCUGCUGUUCGUCUCCACGAUCGUCAGCCAAUGGCUCGUGGGCAAUGGACACUCAACUGAUCUCUGGCAGAACUGUAGCACCUCUUCUUCAGGAAAUGUGCACCACUGUUUCUCAUCAUCGGCAAACGAAUGGCUGCAGUCUGUCCAGGCCACCAUGAUCCUGUCAAUCAUCUUCAGCGUUCUGUCUCUGUUCCUGUUCUUCUGCCAACUCUUCACCCUCACCAAGGGGGGCAGAUUUUACAUCACUGGAAUCUUCCAAAUCCUUGCUGGUCUGUGCGUGAUGAGUGCUGCGGCCAUCUACACGGUGAGGCACCCGGAAUGGCAUCUCAACUCAGACUAUUCCUAUGGCUUCGCCUACAUCCUGGCCUGGGUGGCCUUCCCCCUGGCCCUUCUCAGCGGUGUCGUCUACGUGAUCUUGCGGAAACGCGAAUGAGGCGCCCAGACAGUCUGUCUGAGGCUCUGAGCGUAUACAGGGAAGGGAGGAAGGGAAACCAAAAAACAGGAAAAAAAAAAAAAAAAAAAAAAAAAGAGCUAGCCCAAAAUCCUAAACUCAAACCAAACCAAACAGAAAGCAGUGGAAGUGGGGGUUGCUGUUGAUUGAAGAUGUAUAUAAUAUCUCCGGUUUAUAAAACCUAUUUAUAACACUUUUUACAUAUAUGUACAUAGUACUGUUUGCUUUUUAUGUUGACCAUCAGCCUCGUGUUGAACCUUAAAGAAGUAGCUAAGGAACUUUACAUCCUAACAGUAUAAUCCAGCUCAGUAUUUUUGUUUUGUUUUGUUUGUUUGUUUGUUUUGCCCAGAAAUAAAACAACUCCAUGUUGCCCCUUCCCUUUCAUCUGAAAGAAGAUACCUCCCUCCCAGUCCGCCUCAUAUAGAAAACCAAAGUGUGGGUGGAAGCCCCAAAUGUCCAAAAGCCCUUUUCUGGUGGGUGACCCAGUGCAUCCAACAGAAACAGCUGCUGCCUGAACCUCCGUGUGAAGCUUUCUGUGCACAUGCACAAAACGCCCAAACUGGAGCCCUUGCAAAAACGGGGCUAGUGGCUUUGGCAUACUUGCCCUUGCAGGUGGAGUAUCUCGGUCACACAUCUAAAUGAGAAAUCAGUGACAACAAAUCUGUGAAAUGGUGCUAUAGAUUUACCAUUCCUUAUGAUCACUAAUCAUCUAAAUGACUCACUGGAAAUCCAAUUAACGAUUUUACAACAUAAAAUAGAAUGGAGACCUGAAUAAUUCUGUGUAAUAUAAAUGGUUUAUAACUGCUUUUGUACCUAGCUAGGCUGCUAUUAUUACUAUAAUGAGCAAAUCAUAAAGCCUUCAUCACUCCCACAUUUUUCUUACGGUCGGAGCAUCAGAACCAAGUGUCUAGACUCCUUGGGACCAUGAGUUCCCAGAGCUUGGCUGGGUCUAGGCUGUUCUGUGCCUCCAAGGACUGUCUGGCGAUGACUUGUAUUGGCCACCAACUGUAGAUGUAUAUAUGGUGCCCUUCUGAUGCUAAGACUCCAGACCUUUCAUUUUUGCUUUGCAUUUUCUGAUUUUAUACCAACUGUGUGGACUAAGACGCAUUAAAAUAAACAUCAGAGUAACUCA